AACAUGAUCUCUUCCUGUCAGGAUCGUCCCACUGAGCUUAUUCUCAAACUGGGAGGAGUGCUCACCAAUCCAAACUGUGAGUUCCACCCAAACUUUGUGGCCAUCCACACCUUGGCUACAUGGUGCAAAGCAACCGCCGAUGGAGCACAGAGGGAUGUGGAAAUGGACGAUGAGGAGCAGGACCCCUGCUACAGCCCCCAGGAAGCCCUGACCCUGGCCCUCACUGACUGGCUGCAGGAGUUUCUGAGCAGCGAUCAACCCGGCGGCCGCUGUCGUCCUCCAGCUCGUCUCAAGAAGGAGUCGUCGGGUGAGGAGCCCAUGCAGACAGACGUGGGGGAGGGCUCCUAUGUUCCUGGACCCGGGGAGAACCCGCUCUACACAGCAGAGCCCCUGACUCUGGAUGACCUGAAGCUGCUGUCCGACCUCUUCCACCUGCCGUAUGAACACGGCCCGACAGCCAGGACCAUGCUGCAGGAGCUGGACUGGCUCAAGAAACACAGUUGGGCCGUCACCGCAGAGACGGACAUGACUGCAGAGUGGCGCUCCAAAGCGCAGCAGUUUGAUGGCAUGUGUGAAGCGGUGGUGCAGAUGUUCAAUCGUCUGUCAAACGCCCCGAACCGCAGCAUUCUGUACGACCUCUACAACUACAUCUGUGACAUCAAGAGUGGGGUCGGUCUGGCUCGGGCCUACGUGAAAACACUCGGAGGGCAGGGUGGACCCUCAGUCCAGCCGAUGAACGACGAUCCUGAACCCUGGGGCUUCAGAGGAGGCCUCUCUGGAGAGUUCCAGAGAAUGCUGCCUUGCCACGGAAACAGGGACCUGUUCAGACAUCCUCCCAUGACGGCGGUUUACAGCAUACGGCCGCACUGCACUGAGGACAAGCUGGAAGUGCAAAGGAUUUUCAGGGAGCUGCAGAGCGCAGGAGAGGGCAAAGCCCCCUUGAUGAUGCAGCCUCCACUUAUCUGUGACGGCCUGUCAGCGGGGGAGAUCUCCCCUUCCCCUCAGUGCGCUCUUGUCCUGGAGGAUGAGAUCGGGGUGUGUGGCUACGGCCUGGCUCUCAUCGACGCCAAACCAGCCGCAACCAAGAUUCAGAGGGCAGUAAGUGAAUCAGUGUUGAAGGACUUCCCCUCUCUGGUUACCAUACGAGUGCUGCCCCGGGUUACUGAUCCCUCUCCAGCCAAGCGCAUGAUUGGUCAGCUGUUGUCCUCCAUCAGGAGCAGUGGUUCCAGAGGAGUUUUCUGUGAGUUGAGGCAGAACGAUCGGAGGAUGCUCGACUUCUACAGUAAACUGAGCUCCUUCAAACCCAUAAAAACAGCCGGUCUACCCCACGACAUCGUCGCCAUGGGAACAAGCUUGUGAACCAGAUGAGUCACAAGGGUCUUCAUCAGGUUGCUUACUGUGCAGCACGUCAAACUGGAAUUCGUCAUUUUUGAUCGGUUAAUAUCAUUAUCUGUAUAAUUUAGAUGUCAUCAUUUGCUAAUGUUCUCAUACAAAGUAACAUUAGUCAAUGAAAUGUGUGCAACAAUGUACUAUAAUGAGAGUGUAAUGUAAUACGACUCUUUGUAGACAUGAACAUUUUUAAAUGUAACGUCAUUCUUUUUUUAGAUAAAUGAGUUGUUUUAACCCAGCACAAUACAAAUGUCAACAUAUUGUUGCAUCUGUCAGACACAUUAAAAACAAGAUUUACAUAACAAAACAUUUAAACGA